AAAUAAACAAAACUCCUUUCAGCUACCUAAAGCAUUGUUUGGAUUAAUAAAAUAAUUUCAAUUAUUCCAAAAGGCCAGUGAAAGGUAUUUGGAAAUUUGUUAAUCAAUCUCCCGUGAAUAAUAAAAAAAAAUUCAGUUAACCUUGAGGCAUUGAACUCGAUUGACCUAAAUAUCAAAACCAUAUUUCAUAUUAGGAAUAAAGUGUACAAAAUGCGGAAGGAAAUAAAAUGUAAUAUAUAUAAUGUGCGGAAUCACCUAGCAAUGUAUCUGGAUCACCGCCAUCAAUAAGUCCAAUCACUUCAUCGAUAGUACUGCAAAGAGAGGGUGUAAUAAAUCAACCCCUAAGUACACCUGCAUCACCAUUGUCAUCGCUAUGCUCACCAUUAGCACAAUUAAAUCUAUUGUCAACAGAAGAUUGUACACAAGAUCCUAAUUGGCAAGCAACAAAAUCCACAGUUCGAGAACGAAAUGCUGCCAUGUUCAACAAUCAUCUUAUGGCUGACAUUCAAUUUAUUGUUGGCAAUCCAGGUCAUACGCAAUCAAUUCCCGCUCAUAAAUACGUAUUAGCAACUGGAAGUUCAGUAUUUUAUGCCAUGUUUUAUGGUGGCUUAGCAGAAAAUAAAAGGGAUAUAGAAGUACCAGAUGUAGAACCAGCUGCAUUUUUAGCUCUUCUUAGGUAUAUGUAUUGUGACGAGGUACAAUUAGAGGCGGACACAGUUUUAGCGACAUUAUACGUGGCUAAAAAAUACAUUGUUCCACAUUUAGCGCGAGCGUGCGUGAAUUAUUUAGAAACUAGUUUAACAGCAAAAAAUGCAUGUUUACUACUUAGUCAAUCACGACUAUUUGAAGAACCGGAUUUAAUGCAGAGAUGCUGGGAAGUUAUCGAUGCUCAAGCAGAAAUGGCGCUAAGGUCAGAGGGUUUUGUGGAAAUUGAUAUUCACACACUCGAAUCAGUUUUGUCACGUGAAACAUUAAAUUGCAAAGAAAUACAUUUAUGGAAUGCAGCAUUAAGAUGGGCGGCUGCUGAAUGUUUAAGACAAGAUCUCGAGCCAAUACCAAGUAAUCAAAGGCGUUUAUUAGGCUCUGCCUUAAAUUUAAUUAGACUACCAGCAAUGAGUCUUGAGGAAUAUGCAAAUAAUGCCGCGCAAACGGGAAUUCUCACUCAACAAGAAACAAUUGAUAUUUUUCUUCAUUUUAUCGCGAGCACAAAACCUCCACUUUGUUAUCCAAUAAAACCAAGACAGGGUCUAAAAACUCAGGUGUGCCAUAGAUUUCAAUCGUGUGCGUAUAGAUCAAAUCAAUGGCGCUAUCGAGGAAGAUGCGAUUCAAUUCAAUUUAGUGUUGAUAAACGUAUUUUUGUCGUUGGUUUUGGAUUAUAUGGAAGUUCAUCGGGUGCGGCUGAUUAUAAUGUUCGAAUAGAAUUAAAAAGAUUUGGACGUGUAUUAUCGGAGAAUAAUACAAAAUUCUUUUCUGACGGUUCAAGUAAUACAUUUCAUGUUUAUUUUGAAAAUCCAAUUCAAAUAGAACCAGAAUGUUUCUAUACGGCAAGUGCAAUAUUAGAUGGAGGUGAAUUAAGCUAUUUUGGACAAGAAGGUAUGUCAGAGGCAACAGUUGGCAGUGUGAAUUUUCAAUUUCAAUGCAGUUCAGAAAGUACAAAUGGAACUGGCGUUCAGGGUGGACAAAUUCCCGAAUUAAUAUUUUAUGGACCACCAACGGAAGAUUGACGUAAUUUUUCCAUGGAAAUUAUGGUUUAACUGUUGUUAUAUAUACUUCAUCAAUUAUUAACUUGUUUGUAAAGAAGUGUGCGUUUUUUUUGUUUUGUUAUAUCCCUGGCUUUUAAAGAUUUACGAGUGUAGAGAAUUCCGUUUUUGUUGGAAUGUCAAUGAGAGAGAAAGUAGUGAUAGUUUAAGACUGUUAAUUUCAUCGUGAAAUGGUAAAAGAGUAGAAAAAGAAAACGGUACUUGUAAAUUAGAACGAAAACGCUUGAGUCUUUUUUAAGAAAAAAAAAAAAAAAAAAAUAGAAUACGGCCAACGAAAAGUAUUAUCGACGAUAACGAUUAAGGCUUCUGCAUUUCUGAAUCGCGAAUGAAAUUAAAUACCUUUCAUUUUGGUAUCGAACAAAGAUUUCUUCGCAAAAAAAAUCAUUGCCUUUUUGUCAAGUAACUUAAAAGCAAAAAAAAUAGAUUUAAUCUAGAAGUAUUAGUGCAAUAAAGUGUAUUAUCCCUGUUAUUAAAAUAACAAAAGAAAACCUCGUAAUUAAAAGGACGUUUAGUAAAAAAAAAUGUAUUUAAUUGCAAUAUAAAUUAGUAUCGAGAUGAUUAGAAAAACAAACAUAGGGACUAUUUUUACUGUGCGGGGAAAAGAAAAAAAGAGAAGACAGAACGUCCAAACAGGAAACGAUUUCUGUGCCAAAAAAUUGAAAUAAGCGCAAAAGUCGUAGACCUUCUUUGAAUCUUUCAAUCUAAGGCGAUAUUAAGCGACCUAUUUACAAAACAAACAAAAAAAAUACGAAUAAUAAUUCUAUUUUUCUGCACACAGAUUCAUUACUGACUUAACUGUGUACCUAAAUAAAUUAAAUUAAAGAUAAUUGUCUUUAUUGCUCAGCGAAUUUUUCAUUGUGACUUAAUUUAUGCUUCAUUUUUCAAUCAUCUUUAUCAUUUAAUUAAUUCAUUGUCAUUAAAUGACUCGUUUUGGAAUCUCUGAAUUUUAUUAUUUUAUACACUUAAGUUAUAUAUAUAUAUAUAUAUUAUAUAUAAAAAUAAUAAUUCUAGUUAUUUGAUUAUCAAAAA